AUGGAAGCAUGGAAAAAUCUCUCCUAUUGCACCACCACACCCACUGAAGCGAUUUUUCCAACAUCAAGACAUUUAAUGACCACAUCUCAAGAUUUUUUCAUUCCUUUGCUUCUUAUUACACAAAUAAACUACAUUCGACAUCAUCUUGAAUGGGAAAAUGAUUUAACUUCUUCCAUGUGUUUCAGCAUUAAAGCAAAACUUGAGUUUUUACCAUUUGAAGUUAAAUUGAGUUUCAUUGAUAUCUGA